UCGACCCUCCACGAGCGUCCGCUGGGCACACCGGGUGCUCGCUCCUCCACGCCUGGCGGGCCCUGCACCUUCGGCUGGUGCCCGGGGCGCUGCGCUGGACGCCGGGAGGCCGGGCCCCUUUCCCGCCCCGCCUUGGCCGCGCCUCCCGUGCGGGCUCCUCACCCGCCCCUCGUGCUCCCUCCCUUCCUCUACUCUCCUGGCCCGCGGGGUCCCCUUCCUUCCCCCGCGGCCCGCCCCCGGCCCGCCCCUUUCAGAGCUGGGCGCCUCCCCGCUCCACUCUGGCGCCCGCCGGACUGGUCUGCGCCGCUGGCCUCGCUGCCCAGCCGCCCGUCCGACGGGAAGAAUUUCCAGACCCGCGGCCCCGGGAUGGGGCGGGCCCCGCUACUGCUGCUGCUGCUGCCGCCGUGGCUCUUCGUCCCUGCACUCCGGAAAGAGGCUCUUGCUGAGGUGGGAGAAGAAACCAUGCACACCCUGCCAUUCCCAGGAGGCCCGCCCGACCACCUGCCACCUUCCUUUCUUCUCGGCCGUGGGGCCUCCAUGGAGCUGUCACCAACAAGAAGUGCAACCCCUCCCAGGGUGACCUCUGCCAGGGCCAAGCGCCUACCGCCCCUUGCAUUUAAUCACACGGUCGGCCACAUAGUACUUUCUGAGCACAAGAACGUCAAGUUUAACUGCUCCAUCAGCGUCCCUAACACAUACCAGGACAUCCACAUUUCUUGGUGGAAAGAUGGCAAGGAGUUACUGGGGGCACAUCAUGCAGUCACUCACUUCUAUCCAGACGAUGAAUUCACAGCAGUGAUCGCGUCCUUCAGCAUAACCAGCGUGCAGCGUCCAGAUAACGGGUCGUAUAUCUGUAAGACGAAAGUAAAUGAUGAAGAGAUCGUGUCUGAGCCCAUCUACAUCGAGGUCCAAGGACUGCCUCACUUUACUCAGCCGCCUGAGAGCGUGAAUGUCACCAGGAACACCGCCUUCAACCUCACCUGUCAGGCCGUCGGCCCGCCCGAGCCUGUCAGCAUUUUCUGGGUUCAAAACAGCAGCCGUGUUAACGAACGGCCUGAAAAGUCCCCGUCCGUGCUCACUGUUCCCGGUCUGACGGAGACAGCGGUCUUCAGCUGUGAGGCCCAUAACGACAAGGGGCUGACCGUGUCCACGGGCGCACAGGUCAACAUCAAAGCACUUCCCUCCCCACCAGCUGAUGUCAGCAUCCACAACCGGAGUGCACAUGGCAUCCUCAUCUCCUGGGUCCCCGGCUUUGAUGGCUACUCCCCACUCAGCAGUUGCAGAGUCCAGGUUCAGGAAGCUGACCCGCUGAGUAAUGGCUCCAUCAUCACCUUUAACACCUCUGCUUCUCCACCUGUGUAUCAAAUCGAGCAGCUGCGUGCCCUGGAGAAUUACAGAGUUGGUGUCUCCUGCAGAAAUGAGGUCGGCUGGUCCGCGCUGAGCUCUUGGGUCCUGGCCAGCACAACUGAAGGAGCCCCAUCGGUCGCACCCUUGAACGUCACUGUGUUUCUGAAUGAAUCUAGUAACAAGGUGGACGUCAGAUGGAUCAAGCCUCCGAUUGAGCGGCAGGACGGGGACCUGGUGGGCUUCCGGAUAUCUCACGUGUGGCAGAGUGCCGACGUUUCUAAAGAGCUGUCUGAAGACGUCGGCCAGAACAGCAGUCGUGCUCAGAUCCCCAUCCGUGUCCACAACGCCACCUGCACAGUGAGCGUCGCGGCUGUCACCAAAGGAGGGGUGGGGCCUUUCAGUGCCCCAGUGAAAGUCUUCGUCCCUGCACACGCUUGGGUCGAUUUUGCCCCCUCGUCGACCCCGGCGCCUGGCAGCACAAACCCUGUGCUUAUUGUCCUUGGCUGCUUCUGCGGAUUUGUCCUGGUUGGACUGGCGUUCUAUGUUUCUCUGGCCAUCAGAAAGAGAGUCCAGGAGACGCGGUUCGGGAAUGCCUUCACGGGGGAGGAAUUAGAACCAGUUGUCAACUACACAGCAAAGAAGUCGUUCUGUCGGCGAGCCGUUGAACUCACCUUACGCAGCUUGGGCGUCAGCGAGGAGCUGCAAAAUAAGCUGGAAGAUGUCGUGAUUGACAGGUAUCUUCUAAGCCUUGGAAAAAUUCUGGGCGAAGGAGAGUUCGGGUCUGUCAUGGAAGGAAAUCUGAGUCAGCAAGAUGGGACCUCUCAGAAAGUGGCCGUGAAGACCAUGAAGUUGGACAGCUUUUCCCAGCGAGAGAUCGAAGAGUUCCUCAGUGAGGCUGCGUGCAUGAAAGACUUCAGCCACCCAAAUGUCAUCCGACUCCUAGGUGUUUGUAUAGAGAUGGGCUCUCAAGGCACGCCAAAGCCCAUGGUGAUUUUACCCUUCAUGAAAUAUGGGGACCUGCACACCUACCUUCUCUACUCCCGACUGGAUACGGGACCAAAGCACAUCCCCGUGCAGACGCUGGUGAAGUUCAUGCUGGACAUAGCCCAGGGGAUGGAGUAUCUGAGCAACAGGAAUUUCCUUCAUCGCGACUUAGCUGCUCGCAACUGCAUGUUGCGGGAUGACAUGACCGUGUGUGUCGCAGACUUUGGCCUCUCCAAGAAAAUUUACAGCGGCGAUUACUACCGCCAGGGCCGUAUCGCCAAGAUGCCCGUGAAAUGGAUUGCCAUCGAGAGCCUCGCGGACCGUGUCUACACUAGUAAAAGUGACGUGUGGGCUUUCGGCGUGACCAUGUGGGAAAUAGCAACUCGGGGCAUGACGCCCUACCCUGGAGUCCAGAACCAUGAGAUGUAUGACUACCUUCUCCACGGCCACAGGCUGAAGCCACCAGAGGACUGCCUAGACGAACUGUAUGAAAUAAUGCAGUCUUGCUGGAGGGCGGAUCCCUUGGACCGGCCUGCGUUUUCUGUGCUGAGGCUGCAGCUAGAGAAGUUCUUGGAAAGUUUGCCUCAAGAGCAGGACAAGGCUGACAUCAUUUACAUGAACACACAGCCUCCCGGGGACUGUGAGGGCCCAGCAGACAGCCCCCCAGCUGCACAGCUGGAUAGGGACAUGGACCCCAACCCCAUGUAUGCUUCUUGUAUGCCCAGCACUGCUGUCAGUAUCACAGCCCAAGUUCACGCAAGUUCACAGCACAAGGACAGAUCACACGAGGAAAGGUACAUCCUGGAGAGGGGCAGUGGGGACUGGAAAGACCUGGCCCCUGCCACCCCAGUAACGGGGAUAGAGGAGGAGAGCGAGCUCCCACUGGAGGACAGAUGUGUGAAUACUGGGGUCUCCUGGUCCCAGGCCAGCACACUGCCCUUGAGGGGCCCACCACCAGAUGAACUUUUGUUUGCGGACAACUCAGACGACUCGGAAGUCCUGGUGUGACAAGAGUGGACAGAUGCCCACAAGCCAGGGACACCUGUGUCCCCAACGUCCACGCUCGCUCCAAGGUUCUGCGUUCCGUCUUCCUUACCAAGUAAACGCCCGAAAGCCCCAGAUGAGUGUUGUCCAGGCUGCCGUCAUUAAAAAUGCAGAGUAUAUAUUUAUUUAAGGAGAAAAAUCUUUGUAUAUGAUGGAAAGAGACGUAAAUAUUAUAUUUUAAUGAAAGAUGCCUUAUUCCUUUUCACUUACCUUGCAGACCCUAAACGCUGGGUUCUAUCAGCCUGCUGUCUGCAGCUACCCCUUGCUGUUAACAUGUGCAAACAGUCGAAGCUGUCUUUUUCAGGUUCUUUUCUUUUUCCUGACUAUGAAAUGUAAAAAUAUCUCUGAGGGUGGCCAGUUAGCUCAGUUGGUUAGAGCACAGCGCUCUUCACAACAAGGUUGCCGGUUCAAUCCCCACAUGGUCCCCUGUGAGCUGCGCCCUCCACAACUAGAUUGAAACAACUAUGUGACUUGGAGCUCAUGGGUCCUGGAAAAACACAGUUAAAUAAAUAAAAGUUUUAAAAAAUAUAUCUCUGAAAUGAAAUGCCAUCUUUGACUUUGCUUCUUCUAGUCUGAAAAAUCAGAUGCUCCUACAUGAAUCAUCUGUUGAUAAGAGUGACUCAUUUGAUAUUUAACUCUUAACAGUUUUAUAGCUGUUUUUCCAUAUGACUUGCUAAUAAAAUAUGAACGAGGAAGGAUGUGUCGUGCUUACUUGAGUUGUGGAAACGGGGUCACCGACAGCCUUGCUCCCUGAAGAAGGAUCCCCUCAGUGCCUGGCCCUCCGGACACUGGCUCGGCUAUUCUCAGACAUUUCUUAAAGAUGAGGAAAAACCACCCUGUGGAGGCCAAAGGGGAAGGACAAAAAUAUGAAAGGGUUGAAAACUACGCUCUGAGCAGAAGGAGUUAAAACGAACAGUAGAAGAGCACCGGCUGGUGAAGGGCUUCCUGUGCGGGUGGCAGGCGGAACAGUGGGCAGGGAGCAGGCAUGAGGCUAUGACCGCGGCCGUUGUUUGUGGAGCACCUACUGUGCCUCAAGCCCUUUAUGUGAACUGUCCUAUUGAACCGGUACAUUGUGACCAUGGGUGCCAGUGUCAUCAUCCUGUGUGGGCCAGGAACCGAGGCUGGAUGCUCAGUGACCAAUGACAGCGCAUGUGCAGAGAGCGAGACAACCCAUGAGCGAGAAUUCAGAACCGAGGUGCCUGCUUCUGGCUGGUUCCAAGCAUGUGAUUGGGGGUCUGCUCCAGAGACUCAGCCUUUUCAUUUUAUUUACUAGGCACAGAGAUGGCACUUCCUGUGUGCCAGGCACGGCCCACAUUUAUUCCUCAUAACAACCCUACCAGGUAGGUGCUGCUGUUAUCCCUACUUCACAGACAGACACACUGAGGCAGGAAAAGGCUGCCUUACUCUGCUAGCACGGGCUCAGUUAAAGUGUUGGAUCACUCAGCCCUCGGGGCCAUCAUGCAGGCGAGGGCCAGCCUCAUCCUCAGGCCUGUUGCUCCCCUCUGUGAGGCCACCUCAGCAUCUGCACUGGGUUCACGGUGUGGCCCUGGGUCCUGGGCCUGGCUGCCAGCCCCAAUGCCCAGGUCUCCAGGCUGAGGGGCUCCCCUGUUACUGUGAAAUGCUCCAUGCAGGAAAAUUCUUAGGGUUUGAAAAAACUGCAUCGUUAUGAGAAGUGCCAGCAUCACAUUUACCCACAAAAGAACAAAAACAAAGAUCCUUUCUAUUGUGGAAAAUGUUUGAAUGGUUGUUUUAAAAAAAUCACACACAAAAAUUGUGUAUCAUCUCUUUGUGCAAAGUUUCUUGCUAGUGGUGACCUUCAAGAAUAUGACUAGGUCAUCAUUAAAGUCUUGGUCAGGAGCUGAGUGGCAGUUCAAGUGCAAAACCCCAGCUUACAACGGUGUGUCCAUGUCUGUAAGGUAAGUGAGCAAAUGGAAAAACCUAUUUGGAAAUUUCAUAAAAACUCAGUGUUAACUCUCUAAAUGAAUACAACAGGUCCUCGAAUAACAUCAUGUAGUUCAACAUCGCUUCAUUAGAUGUUGAUGAGAAAAAGAAUUGGUUCCCGGCGGCGCCUCUGCCUGUGUGGAGUGUGCAUGGUCCCCCAGGUCUGCGUGGUUUUCUCUGGGGAGCUGGUUACUCCUGCGUCCCAAAGACAUGCACAUGAGGGCACGUCUCCAUUAUUGCUGUCUGAGUGGGUGUGGGUGGCUGCGAGUGGCCCUGCAAUGAACGGCCGCCCAGUCCAGGUUGGGCCCCACCUGCGCCCUGAGCUGCCAGGAUGGGCCCCAGCCCCAUGAUACAAAUCAGCAGGUUAGAAAAGAAUUCUCUUACUUGUUUUUAUUUUUCUUCAAUGUGUGUAGAGCUCAGUAUUUAACAUGAGGAGUGUUUGAGUCUUAUUUAGAAGUUUGGUGAGGCUUUUAUAACCAGAAAUAUGCCUGGGAACCUAACUGUUGUUUCCGUCAGCCUCGAGUAACAGUGGAUCCUUUCACACUGUUUCACUUAAAGUUACAGUUUCCAAGAGCCCCUGGAGGACGUGAAGUGAGCACUUGCUGUCCUCCAUGCUUUUUUGCUUCUAAUUUUAAUUAUUUGAUGUAAACAAAUACAUAAUGAACAGUCGUGGGAUGGCACAGGCCCCCCACAGUCCUGUCCCUUCUGCUCGUAUGUGCCCUGUGGCCGGAGGAGGGCAAGAGGCCAGGACCAAGGCUGCCCAAGAGAAGACAAGUGAGCCACAGUGUCUUCUGGCUUUUCUUGGGACGUCAGCAAACACGGAAGAGAAAUGCACCUCACCAGCCCACAGCCGUACUCCAGGGCCAGGUUACAGGGCUGGGAGCAGCCCCUUCCCACCCCCUUGCUUCUCCCAACAGCACAAGGGCAAGGACGUUUGAAAUCACCUCACUGAGAACUUGUGGCCCUAUGUGUGUUCUGUCAGCCACACCUGAAUGUCUGCACGUCUGAAAGAAUGAGCUUUCAGAGUCUCCUGUGUUUGGCGAACUCUGGUACUGAAUUCUGAGCAGGGACCGAAAAUUGCCUCUCGGGUUCUCUUUUGUAUUAACUCAAAUUACUUUUGCAAGUGGCUCUAAUGGGCAAGACGUGGUGGGGAGAAAAUAGGGACAAACCAAUCGGGUCAUUGCCUUCAGCUGGGCUGGGUCAGGGCUGGGGAGUUCAGACCACAGGGUGAGAGAAGUUAAGAAGAAAUUCCCGUGAUCUGCAGGUGGAAACUACCACUGCCUCUCUGGGGUUUUCUUCCUCCCUCCCUUCCCACUUUCCUUCCAUCCUUCCUUUCCUUAGUCCUUCCUCCCUUUUUUCAUUUUUCCUUUUCCUGGGUUUUCUUACUGAGGAGAAACAAGAAGUGAGGAGCGGUCCACGCCGCCAGCGGUUUGCACGCUCCCCUCCAGCAGUCUUGGGCAGGUUGCUUGGCUGUCCUGGAGCCCAGGUUUCCAUGCACAGUGACAACAGCCACCUCCUGCAGCCCCUGGGUGGCGGUGAGGGAAGCAGGGGACACAAACUGUUUGAGAGUACUUUGUUCUUGUUAGAGGAUUUCCCGAUUGAUGGCUGCUGCCCGUUUCAUUCCUUAUGGAGUAUAAACUCACUAUUUAUCCUAUUAAAAAUAUUCUCUCUGAUUAUGUUAUCCACUCCUUCCAAAAUAAUACAAACUAACGAAAGGAAAGGGAAGGGAAGGAAGGAUUUCAUCAUUGCCAGUGACGCUGGCAGUGGGGCAGAUAGCAGAGGGAAAGAGACUGGCCGCUGUAGGUCACUGCAGAGGGCUCCUGGGCUCAGAGGUGGGCAACUCCUGAUACACUGAUGCACAAAGAUGCCCCUCCUAGCGGUCUCGGGGCCCAUCCCUCCCCAGAUGUGGGUGAUGGCAAGCAGUGGUGGCUUUAUCAACAGGAUUGGGCACCUGAGGGGAGUCAGAGAGCCCCCUGGGGAGGGCGAGAUUCUCCCUGUGUCUCCAUGCGCCCCCAGACCAAGCAGAGGUUCCCUGCUCAGGAAACGGGCCAAACCACAGUCUCUUAUUUUAUAAGUCAGAUUGAUUCUGGCCAGACUAGUUCUGACUCAAGAAAGUCAAGACCUUUGUAAGUUCUGGUGAACGGCAAAAGCAAGUUGGAACUUCUGCUGAGUCGAUGGGAAAAUAAGUGACCCAAAAUAAACCAGCCAUGGCAGCAACUUAACUUCUCCAAAGACAAAGUUUAGUUAACCUUGGGUGACAAAUGGAAAACGGGAACGUUUGUUUUCUUUAAUGAACAUUUCAGUAAUGCACAACAUUUCUAUAGGUGGAUUUUAUUACUCUCUCUUAAAGCUCUAAGAACUGAAGUAAAACUGCCAUUCUACUUUAAAAAGCAUGCCUAAAUGACUUAUUUAUAUUUAAAUGGAAUGAACUGCAUUUAAAUGAACUUCAACCCAAAGACCACUGUAUUAGGAUAGAUUCAUCUAUGAUAUCUUUUAUUGAAAUGGGAUUCCAUGUACUUGAAAGAGAGAUUUGAAAGAGAAACUUGAGAGUUCUAAGUACUUGUAGUAACCCUUCGCACUUCUAUCGGAUGCAGUAACUUUAAACUGAUUACUGGGUUUGUUGAGACGGCACAGUUAAAAAUUCUACUUGGAACAGCAGCCAGGAGAGGACACACCGCCGCUCACCACCUGCUGGCAUUCCCUGAGCAGAAGGGCUGUCUGGACAUGGGGUUUGCACAGCACUCGAGGCCUUGGCCCUGUUGACCUCGGCCACAGUCCAGAAGGACCAGAUGGCUUCUAAUGAAGGCUCUCUUUUAAAGAAUGUCCCCAGGAAGCCCUGACUUGCCUGUUUCUUGACGUCCGUUAAUACCACGUUAAUUCCACGGUGAAGGUAUUAGUGCUAUUGACACACGAGGAACUUCACACCUGGAGACCAGUGCUCUCCCUCGAAGUAGCCUCCAAAGCCCUGCCCCCCAGGAUGUACAAUUGUAGGGGGUGGAAAAAGGUGCCCAGGCUGGAAAAAGAAUAGUAAACUGUCUUUAUCCAUAGAUGACGUUAUCCAUAAAGGAUAAAUGCUACAAUUUUGUUCUGCGAAAUAUACUGUUAAGAGAACGAAAAGACAUCAUAACACUCAACAUCAUUAGCUAUUAGGGAAAUGCAAAUUAAGCCACAAUGAGAAACCACCUGGAAGAGUUAGAGUCAGAGAGACAGAUACCAAGUGUUGGUUCUGUUUCUGUCCUUCUAGUGGUAGCUUUAAGAUUUAUUGUGUAUAUGCUCAGCUUACUGCAGUCUGCAGUCAAGUGAUAUACCAUUUCAAAUACAGUAUAAAAACCUUACAAGGGGGCUGGCCCGGUGGCUCAGGCGGUUAGAGCUCCAUGCUCCUAACUCUGAAGGCUGCCGGUUCGAUUCCCACAUGGGCCAGUGGGCUCUCAACCACAAGGUUACCAGUUCAAUUCCUCGAGUCCCGCAAAGAAUAGUGGGCAGCGCCCCCUGCAACUAAGAUUAAACAUGGCACCUGAGCUGAGCUCCUGCUGAGCUCCUGAAUGGCUCAGUUGGUUGGAGAGCAUC